AACAUGGAAAAGGUGCUGGUCCCUUCUGUCACAUUAAUUGUAGGCUGUGGAGUAUCUUCGCUGACACUUUUGCUGUUGAUUAUCAUUUAUGUCUCUGUUUGGAGGUAUAUUCGCUCAGAGCGUUCGGUCAUUCUUAUCAACUUCUGCCUCUCCAUCAUCUCCUCCAAUGCUCUCAUCCUGAUUGGACAGACCCAGACCCGAAAUAAGGUGAUAUGCACACUGGUGGCAGCCUUCUUGCACUUCUUCUUCCUCUCCUCUUUCUGCUGGGUGUUGACCGAGGCUUGGCAAUCCUACAUGGCCGUGACGGGCCGGUUACGGAACCGCAUCAUCCGCAAGCGCUUCUUGUGUCUCGGAUGGGGGCUCCCCGCCUUGGUAGUUGCCAUUUCUGUGGGAUUUACUAAAGCCAAGGGGUACGGCACCGUGAACUACUGCUGGCUGUCGUUAGAGGGAGGUCUUCUCUAUGCCUUCGUGGGACCUGCAGCUGCUGUCGUUUUGGUGAACAUGGUUAUUGGCAUUCUGGUUUUUAACAAACUUGUAUCCAAAGAUGGAAUAACAGAUAAGAAACUGAAGGAACGGGCAGGGGCAUCCCUUUGGAGCUCCUGUGUAGUCCUGCCUCUCCUGGCUCUCACCUGGAUGUCUGCAGUUCUGGCAAUCACAGAUCGGCGGUCGGCACUCUUCCAGAUCCUUUUUGCUGUCUUUGACUCGUUGGAGGGCUUUGUCAUUGUGAUGGUCCAUUGCAUCCUAAGGCGGGAGGUCCAGGAUGCUGUGAAGUGCCGAGUAGUAGAUCGUCAGGAAGAGGGCAAUGGAGACUCAGGAGGGUCAUUUCAGAAUGGACACGCUCAGCUAAUGACCGAUUUUGAGAAGGACGUGGAUAUGGCUUGUAGAUCAGUGCUGAAUAAAGACAUCACUGCCUGCAGGACCUCAACCAUCACAGGAACACUGAAGCGUCCAUCACUGCCAGAUGAAGAAAAAUUGAAACUCAAUCACCAGAAAGGUUCAUCAAAUUUUAACAGUCUUCCAGCCAAUGUCUCCAAGAUGCAUCUUCAGGGCUCACCACACUACCUAGGAGCCAUCAACCUGAAUGAGUUCGGCAAUCACACCCUGACUCUGAAGAAGGACAAGAACCAGCCACCUAAGUCCAUCUACAUCUGCGAUGGAGACAUCUUCAAGAAGUUGGACUCAGAACUCUCCCGGGCGCAAGAGCAAACGCUGGACACCAGCUAUGUCAUUCUGCCUACCAACACGUCUACCUUACGGGCCAAACCACCCAAAGAUGAGAGUAAAUACAGCAUCAAUAUUGACCAGAUGCCCCAGACACGGCUUAUCCACCUCAGUAUGGCUACUGACCCAGGCUUUGUUGUCAAGAGUCCUCCACGGGAGCCUGUAACCAUGACAUGCAGUGAAGUUCAAGGUUCCCCCAUGAUACAACAACAGCAGCAACUGGCUCCACAAAAUAUCUCCAGUGAGUCACAGAUUCCCAACAGCCUGUGUGACACAGGUGACUCAGGAAACUCAGGUGUGGUGUCUAAGAGUGAGACCGUCUCCACCCUCUCCAUGAGCUCCUUGGAGAGGCGGAAAUCCCGGUACGCAGAGCUAGAUUUUGAGAAAAUCAUGCACACAAGAAAACGUCACCAAGACAUGUUCCAAGACCUGAACAGAAAACUCCAGCACGCGGAGAAGGAGAAGGAAUCUCCAGCAACAACGGACAGCAAGGUUAUAAAACGAUGGAGUAUUUCUUCGGGUGGAAGUGAUAAAACUAACUUUAGC